CUGACGGUGGUUGCUCGGCGUGCUGCACGCAGACAUUGUUCCGACAAAAUGCCGUUACAUUUGUAGUUUUGAAUUUUAAAAAAAAGUCCAAACAGUUCCUAAGUGCGUGUCAGGUGCCAGCAUUGAAACAAACCUGCGGGUUUAGUAAAUCAAUUAGAGAUGAAUAUCCUCUCGGCAUUACGCGCUGAUACGUUAUCUUAUAAGAAGUGAUUCCGGGUCAGGGGGAAGGUUUGAACUGCUCUCUGGAAAGUGACCAUUGUUGUAAUCAGGUCGAGGCUGUUAUCAUUUCUACUUGCUGACUUUCUUAGGUUUUUUGUUUUUUUUACGGGUUCACAGCAAGUAAAAACAGCGCAAGCUUUUCAGAGUGUCAUGAAAGAAAUGUCAAGCACCAUGCCUGGCGGGCAGCAGCAGCCUCAGAAACACUAUGGCAUCACAUCUGCCAUUAGCCUCGCACCCCCACGAGAAAUAGACCACCAGUACACCAAGAAGCUCUGUGACGCUAUGAAACCUUUUGGGGUGUUUGAAGACGAAGAGGAAUUGAACCAUAGACUUGCAGUUCUCGGGAAAUUGAAUAACUUUGUAAAAGAAUGGAUCGCAGAGAUUAGUGAAUUAAAGAACCUCCCACCAUCAGCUAUAAGCUGCGUCGGGGGCAAGAUAUUUACAUUUGGUUCGUACAGACUUGGAGUGCACACAAAAGGAGCUGAUAUUGAUGCCUUAUGUGUGGCCCCACGCCACGUAGAUAGAAGUGACUUUUUCCAGUCUUUCUUUGAGAAGUUCAAACAGCACGAAGAGAUCAAAGACCUGAGGGCUGUGGAGGAUGCCUUUGUACCAGUGAUAAAAUUCAAAUUUGACGGAAUAGAGAUUGACCUGCUUUUUGCCAGACUGGCCUUACAGUCCAUUCCAGACAACUUGGACCUGAGGGGGGACUCCAUCCUGAGGAACCUCGACAUUCGGUGUAUCCGCAGCCUUAAUGGUUGUCGAGUGACUGAUGAAAUACUGUACCUGGUGCCAAACAAAGAAAACUUCAGACUGACAUUGAGAGCAAUCAAACUGUGGGCGAAACGCCGUGGGAUCUACUCCAACAUGCUGGGCUUUCUGGGUGGAGUGUCUUGGGCCAUGCUGGUUGCCAGGACCUGCCAGCUCUACCCCAACGCCGUGGCCGCCACGCUGGUCCACAAGUUCUUCCUGGUGUUUUCCAAAUGGGAGUGGCCAAAUCCUGUGCUAUUGAAACAACCCGAGGACAGUAAUCUGAAUUUACCUGUGUGGGAUCCCAGAGUAAACCCAUCUGACAGAUACCACCUGAUGCCCAUUAUCACCCCUGCCUACCCCCAGCAAAACUCUACGUACAAUGUUUCCACUUCAACGCGCACCAUCAUGAGCGAGGAGUUCAAAUACGGUCUCAGCGUCACAGAUGAGAUUCUUCAGGGAAAGGCCGAAUGGUCCAAACUCUUUGAGCCACCCAACUUUUUCCAAAAGUACAAGUAG